UUGUAUAGGUCCGUGUGUUUUUUUUUUCGUUUGGUUAAGACCUCUAUGACUGGAUAAGUUAUUUAAAUCAAUCCUACCCUACAAACUGGUGAAAUUGGUAUACAUUAGAACCUAUUACAAUAUAAAAGUUCGAUUUGAGGAGUUCGAGAUCUUGGUAUCCGAAUUUUUCACGUUACUGUCAGUAAUCUAAUUACCUGCCUUUAUAAUUAUUGUAUUAUUAUUGGAGUAGAUGUGCAAUCUACUUAAGACAAUGGUUAGUGGUUAAUCGAAUUCUAUGGUAGUCUAUAUUCUGGCGUGAAGUUCGCCAUGGGUACCCUGAAGCAUGAAGCCAAAGUUUUAAUUCCAUUUGAAUAACAGAUAUUGUACUCUUCAAUGCUUUGUCAUUUUAAGGAUAUCUGAUAUUCCACUGCAGGUCAUGUGGUCAGGUGGGCAAUCUCUAUAAUUUCCACUAACCGCUAAAUAUCAGAAUGGCGAAGAACUCUCUACCAGAAAUUAUUUCUGAAAAAAAAGCACUGGAUUUAUAACUUCAUCAAUUGCACUCAGUGAUACUGUUAGCUAAAUCGCGUUACUCGGGAAGGCAUUUGGUGAUGCACAACGAUUACACGUACUACUGCAAGAAACAGUGCAAGAAGACGAAAUAUUACCACUGGUACUGCUCGACUCACAACUGCAGAGGGUGCAAUGCGAAACUCAAAUUGGACAACAAUUUCGUUAUAAUAGAACUAGAAAAUGAACACACACAUCCCCCGGCCAAGUAUUUCAUACAUAAAGGGCAAUAUGUAAAGAUAGCUUAGUAUUUAAAAAUGAUAAUCGUUUUGUUAUAACGAAUAAUAUUUAUUUAAAUAGAGUUUGGAAUGUUCGUCAUAUAGAGAAAAUUAAUACUGGUUGUAUAUAUUUAAACAUAAAAACAUGAUAGCCUAUUGAAAUUCACCUAACAACAAAAAAUACAAUCUUUAGAAAUCUUUUAAUUUCAGAAAAUAGGUACCAAAUGAUUUUAUUUUAAAAUAUAAAUUUUACAUCCUAAAGCAUUUCAAUUGCCGUCUGGCUAAGUUUUAGGUUUCAUUAUAGCAGAAAUUCUAUGUUCCGUUUACUGAAGU